AUGUGCGAUAAUGUUGGACAGCCUGGGAUGCCAAGACAGCCACCUAACUCACAGCCAAAUCCAUUUGGGAGUUCCUUCUUUGCAGGAUUGUCUUUUGCUUAUCAGCUUUUGUAUCUACUAGAUGCUACUGGGUUCUACUCUUUAGGAUUACACGUUCUUGGGAUUCAUGUUUGUCGAGCUACAGGGCAGGAGCUGGACUUAUUCUAGAGGCCCUUCAAAAUGGAGUCUCUUGAUGAAUCUACCUCUUCCUCCAUCAGCCAUGGUAUUCAUGUCUUCCAUUGCCCAGAUGAGUUGGGAAUAGUUGCAAAGCUAUCAGAAUGUAUUGCUUCAAUAGGUGGAAACAUUCUCAAUGCUGAUGUUUUUGUGCCCGAGGACAAGAAUGUGUUUUACUCUAGAAGAUAUGGUUAUUCUUCAAUGGCAGAUAUCGUAAUGAUUGCUGUUGGUGUUCAUCUAAAUGAUUUUGGGUUUACAAUCAUAAGAUUGAAACCUGGCAUUCACAAUUUGCAGACAUUUGAUGCUGGCGUCAAAUUAAUUGGUGCCAAGUCACUUUGUUACUAAAGAACUUGACUUGGCUAGGUUCAAGACUUGACAAGGUUUAUGGGUGCACAAUUGCAGGUUGCUUUGGAUGAAGCAGCUUUCUUGUUGGAUUUGGCUUUCUGUGGAAGGCACCUGGGAUGACAAUUUGGACCGGAUUGCUGAAUGUUAUCAGGAAGCUGGUCUCCAUGAAAUUGCCAAAUUUGUGCUAUACAGAAAUUGUACUGAAGUUGAUUUUGGCAUAUGCUUAUCUUGCUUUCAUGUACAUUUCCAAUUUUGUAAUCUACUGCCACCUAAAAUUCUGGAAUUACGUCUGAAGAUGAUAUUUUGGAUUAUGUUGUGACAUUGACUAUAACAUUCAAUUGAAUUCAAGACCAAGUUUCUGUGCCUUCCCAAUCA